AUGGAUUGUCAGGCAACCGGAAACCCCAAGACAGGAGAGGCCCUCGCCAAAUGGGGAGUUAUGGUUGGCAAUGAUCAGGCCAAUGCCAGAGCAGGAGUCUUUGCCGCGACCCCAGGAACUGGAGGUCCCGUCACCAAGGGCGUUUAUGGAGCUGUAAAUGCCAAUGGCCAUGGUCUGUCCGUGCAGCACGGUCACAUUGAGGGCAUGGGUAGCACCACCACUGCCUCGGCCCAGGCGAAUCUGCUGCAGAGCCAGCACACUGCUCUCAAUGCCACAGGCUAUCACAGUCACAGUCGCACACACGAUCAGUUUGGCGCCGGACUCAAUAUGCAGACAUCAGCCGGUCACUCCGCCGCACUGGGGGUGAAUCGUGUGCCCCAGUUCGAUGUGACCACCAUGCAGGCCACUGGCAGCGCCAAUCUCUACACUUCGCCCAGUGGCAACCUCAAUCUGAGUGCCAACGGCAAUGCCAUGCGCCACAUGAGUGGACCUCGACGUGGCAAGUCCGACUUUGGCGGCGGAGUCAACCUGCGAUAUAAUUUUUAGAGAGUGAAAUGUAAACUGAAUCUGUAAUUAUUUAUGAUCUUCCAAUAAAAUGUUAAA